AUGGGUAAAUUUGUCCAAUUGAUUUCUCAUCCAAGUGAGUUGAAAGCUGUCAUACAAUUGUUGUAUUUCAGAAAGCCAUUACAUCCACAAGAUGAAUCGAAACAGUCACAAGCAUCAAAGAGAUGUUACGAGUUGUUAAACGUAACAUCGCGUUCUUUUGCUGCUGUUAUUCAAGAAUUACACCCAGAAUUGAGAGAUGCUGUCAUGUUGUUUUAUUUGAUUUUGAGGGCAUUAGACACGGUUGAAGACGAUAUGUCUAUUGAUCCAGAAAUUAAGGUUCCAUUGUUGAGAACAUUUCACGAUAAGUUGAAUUUGAAGGAUUGGUCUUUUGAUGGGAAUAGUAAGACCGAGAAGGACAGAUGCGUGUUAGUUGAGUUUCCAUGUAUUUUAGAAGAAUAUCACAAGUUGAAGGAAGAUUACCAAGAUAUAAUCAAGCAUAUUACUAAAGAAAUGGGUAACGGUAUGGCAGACUACAUCUUGGAUGAAAAUUUCAAUGUUAACGGUGUGGCCACCAUCAAAGAAUAUGAUUUAUAUUGUCAUUACGUUGCAGGUUUAGUGGGUGAAGGAUUGACCAAAUUAAUGGUUUUAGCUGAUUACCAUGAAGACUUGGAAGACGGAAGAUCAUUCUGGCCUAAAGAAAUCUGGGAAAAACAUACGCCAUCUUUACCGUCAUUUCAUAAAGAUGCAUCUUUAGAAAGUCAAGAACGUGGUUUAGCUUGUAUUAACGAAUUAGUCUUGAACGCAUUAUGUCAUGUUAAAGACGUUUUGACGUAUUUGUCCUUAGUGAGGGACCCUUCAUGUUUCAAUUUCUGUGCUAUACCUCAGGUGAUGGCUAUAGCUACUUUAGCCUUAGUCUACAAUAACCCAAAUGUUCUUCAUGGAAAUGUUAAAAUAAGAAAGGGUACUACAUGCCAUUUGAUCCUUAAUAGCCGUACUUUACCAGGGGUUGUAAAAAUCUUCAAACACUAUGUUCAAGCAAUUAAUCAUAAGUCAUCUGUGCAAGACCCAAACUAUUUAAAGAUUGGCAUUAAAUGUGGUGAAAUUGAACAAUUUUGCGAGUUGAUGUACCCUUCAGAAAACGCUAUUCCAAAAGGUGUAGUAAAACAAAAGCAAGAGAUCAACCACAAUAUCUUAGAGAGAGCCGGUGUUGACGAUCAAGUUGCUGAAACUGUUAACUUAGAAGAAACUAAAUGUAAUUUAGCUGUAGGAAUAAGUCUUUUAAUCGUUGUUGGUGCUAUUACUUAUUUUGUAUAUUAA